GGAGCAGCUCAUUGAACAGAACCACACCAAUUCAUUCCCAGUAUAUACAGUAUCCGUUUGAAAGAUCGAAGGAUGUAGUCUAUCUUCUAUCAUUUUCACUGUUUAUGCAGAUAAGGCAUAAUGUAUAAACAAAAUAGAAGUUGGAUGUAUGAUAAAGAUGCGGUAUUGUACGGAAUGCAAUCAAAUUUUCUCGAGGGAGUCGGAGAAUUUAUUGAAUUUGCACUUGAACAUCCGGCUUAUAUGAGUGGUGAUAAAAUAAGAUGUCCAUGUUCAAAGUGUAAAAAUCUCAAAUUUAAAGACCCACACGAAGUUGGGUAUGAUUUGUACGCGGUCGGUUUUGUUCCCAAUUAUUAUAAUUGGACUUCUCACGGCGAACCUUUGGAUCCAUCUGUUAUACCACAAACGGUAGGUUCGUCUCGUUACGUCCCUCCAGAGAUGAGUGCGUGGGGAGACCGUGCUGAAAUGAGGUGGGACCAACAAAUGGUAUAUGACGCAUACGGUGUACCGUCUCAAUUCAACCCCCCACAACCACCUAACGACCCCCCUGAAGCCUCAACCUCGUAUCAACCAGAUGUGGAUGAAAAUCCGACAUUUUAUCAACCUUAUGUGGAUGAAGGUUUGGCUGAGAGAUUUCAGGAUGUUCUAAAAGCUGUCGACCAACCUCUGUAUGCUGAUUGUGAGGGAUACUCUCAGCUAUCCGCUGUUACUGAGUUCAUGAACAUAAAAGCCGAAUACAGUCUCCCUGAAACUUGCAUGAAUAGAGUCUUGCAGUCAGUAGGAGGGAUGCUACCGCGAGAUCAUACCCUUCC